CAGCAAGGAUCAAGACCACCUCCUACCUACCUUCUCCACUCCCUGCACCACCUUUGUUUAGGCUUCAAGGCCAUGCACUUGUGGCUUAACCUCUUUACUAUACAUAAGCAAGCAUUAGCAAUAUUACAUGACAUGUCACCUUACCACUGUCCAUUCUCAUCUGGUGCAUUUAUUUUUAUUUACUUUUUAAAAUGCAUUUGUGUUCUCAUUUUGCAUUCUUAUGUUGCAGACCGCCCUGUGAUCUUCGGUUGAAGGGUGGUAUGCAAAUAUAAUACAGUGGUACCUCGGGUUGCAGACUCGAUCUGUUCCGGGGUGCCGUUCGCACCCUGAAAAGUCCACAACCCGAGCGUCUGCACAGAUGCGUGACAUCAUUCGUCACAUCUGCGCAUGCGCAAAGUGUGAUUUCACACUUCUGCGCAUGCGCGUGGGUUGCAGACACGCCGAACCCGGAAGUAACCCGUUCCAGGACUUCCGGGUUCAGCGCGUCCGUAACCCGAAAAGACGUAACCCGAGGUAUGACUGUCAAUAAUAUUUCCUUAUGCAAAGUAGAACCACUAAACAUCUGUCUCCUCCUCCUCCCAAGUUCCUUUGAAGUUGUGGCUUAGGGUACCUGUGACUUUCGCCCGCAUAGGCCUAUAUGCAAUUGGAGUCAUCCUUCUGUUUAGUAAGCAAGGUAGAAUAUUUUACUUGUGUGGAUAAAAUGGUUUGAGCUGGCACUCCCGCAGAUUGAAAACUGAAUACAGGAAAGAAUUGCUGGCACUCCCGUGCAGGAAGGCUCAGCCACGGCUGAGAGGAUUUUUGCCUGGAAUGUUUCUAUUCGGCUUCUCCUCUUGAGGCUUGCUUUGGCGAGUGCCAGGCUGCAAAUGCAACAUUUUCCACUCAUAAUUUUUGUGGCUUUAAGGGGUAGACAAACAUCCACAUUAUGCUUGCUUCUCAGUGUAAGGUAUUGAAGACCAACCUCGCUGUUUGUUUGAAUGCUGUGCAGAAAGGGAGGUUAAAGGCAGCUCUGACAGGGGAAACAGAUGCUCCUCUUUCAAAAUGAAGGAACUGCAACUUCUGAAAAUGUUGAUAUCGGCCAACAAAUGCCCAGAGAGUUUAUUCAGUAGGUGCUUUUGCUAACAGCGUUCCAGUUGGUGGAACAAGCAGCCAUCUUGCCUUGUUGUGUGAAGCCCUGCAUCUGAAAAAGGAAGCUAUUUUUGUUUGCAAAGUAUCUUUUAUGCCAGAACUGGGGUUUAUGCAUAUUUCACGGUGAAUUUGGACAAAUUGGAUUGAUGACUUAAGUCAUUUACAGUAUCACUGCCUGCUUUUUUGCUAGACGUUAUCUUAGCAAAUCAUCUUUAAGAGGCUGAUAAGUGCCCACAAUACUCCCACAAUGUUUAUCCUCUUACAGUGUAGCUUAUAUGUGUGUGUGUAAAAGUCAAACAUGUUUUUGCCUUCCUGCUACAAUCUUAGCUUUUGACACAGGCCCCCUUAUCUUUCAAUUUGGUAGAAUUAACAUCAGCAUUGCCAGACUAAAGCCUUCGAAGAAUCGCAAUUACCCAUCUUCAAAGCACACACAAUCGCCACUUACAGAAUUUGCCUCUGAGCUUUUUAUGGCCUGUUUACUUUUUGAGUUCUCUGUGAGUGUUUCUGCCACACAGAGAUACCAAGACACGGUUUCACAUACUGUACUUCCGAUAGCUGAGGUGCAUUCAUUGUUGUUGUUUUUAAUUGGAAUAAAAGCCACAUUUCUGCUCGUACGCCCCAAAAUAUUUUUAAAGAGUGUCUAAACCACAGAGCUUAGAGCUUGAUGAUCAGAAGGUUGGCGGUUCGAAUCCCCGUGACGGGGUGAGCUCCUGUUGCUCGGUCCCUGCUCCUGCCCACCUAGCAGUUUGAAAGCACAUCAAGUGCAAGUAGAUAAAUACAUACCGCUGCAGCGGGAAGGUAAAUGGCGUUUCCGUGCACUGCUCUGGUUCACCAGAAGCAGCUUAGUCAUGCUGGCCACCAGAAGCUGUACGCCGGCUCCCUCGGCCAGUAAAGCGAGAUGAGCGCCUCAACCCCAGAGUCUUCCACGACUGGACCCUAAUGGUCAGGGGUACCUUUACCUUUAGCAAUGAACUGCCUCCAGAAGAGUCCAUCUGUUUGUGUCACUGCAUGAAUUACUGGCCUGGGAGGUGAUGUUUUUCCUGUCGGAAGGAGGCAAUGUCUCCAGAACAGCAAGUCCUUGCACUGCCGCAUUGGGCUUCCUUCAACAGUUGUUAACUCUGAUGGAUUGGAAGCAACUGAAUGAUCCCACUUUAUCCAAUGCAGAAAACCGCAUCUAGAUAAGACUGAUGGGAGGGAGGCAAAGCUCACGGUGGAGGCCAUGUGGAGAUGCAAUUGGUAUCCUUCUCUGUGGGUGGAUACUUUGGGACCACAUCUUAAUUAAUUUUAUGACAGCACACAAUAUUAUUAUUAUUAUUAUUAUUAUUAUUAAGAAGGAAGAAGUCAAACUUCUGGAGUGGAUGGUAGCGGGGAGUACUGGGUUGUCUUAAGUUGUCGUGAUCCCUAUAUUGAUUGUCACAAUGCACUGAUUGUUUCCUCCUUUUGCAUUUAAGAUGCCCUGAGGUUUGUCGGUCUCAUCACUAUAGACGUUGCCUGGGUAAAACUCUUUACUGUGCCUCUUCAUUUGCUCUGCUUGAGGAAGGGAAGCCAGCUGUGUUAAUGCCUAGACUGCUUGAAUGACAGGUAAAAAAUGGCCACCCAAUGGGUCACUUGCAGUAAUGUUGUAUGAGAAUGCUUAGACGUUUAAUAAAAAUUACUGGGUUUGUAUUUUCCAGGCCUUCACUGUCUUUCCAGUGCAGAGUAACUGAUAAUUAGUUUUCUUUUGUAAUGCAUGAAAGGAGAGCCCUUAAUUGCCAGCCUCUAUGAGCAACUAUCUCGUGGCCAUUUAUAUAAGCUCAUAAGCAUGCGUUGGUUCAUUUAAUUUUGUUCAGAUUUUUUUCCUUGCUGCUCACUUUGGUCAUAUUCAAAAGUACAUCUCACACCAAACAUACUCAACUGCAAACCAUCAAAUUAAAAUGGAAUGUAUAUAGCUGGCCGCAACUGACACAUGGGGCUGCCCUUUCUUGAAGAUGGGAGACAUUUUUUGUGCCAGGUCAAUUCAGACAUACAAUGAGUUAUGCAAAUCAGUAUAAUUUAUGCAUAUACGCUUUUUUUCAUGGGCUUGCUCAUUUUGCUUGCAGAGGUCUGGGUAAAGUCUUUGGGUUUUGCAGAACUCUUUUUUGCGAGGAGUGAAUUGGAAAUGGAAAAUAACCUGAGUAAUGCAGGCAAAGUUGAAUAAACCUAAACUGCUUUUAAAAUCAAACUCGAGUGGUUAGCCUCUUCUAGAUUACAGUGGUCUUUGAGAUACAUAUCCAGAUUGCAGCGAAGGUGCAGCAGAGGGUUGGUGGCACCCCUGGGUGGGAAUAAGGGGCCAACAGUGAUAAGGGGCUGUGGUGCAGUGAUGUCUGAACUUAUGCCUUGGCUUUUGUGUCUCUUCUGCACUGCUGUCUACCUGAAAGCUCAGUAGCCUAGAGACAAAGCCACGGCACAGCAAGAUAUGUAGUACAGUGGUACCUUGGUUCUCAAACGCCUUCGUACUCAAACAACUUGGAACCCAAGCACUGCAAACCCGGAAGUAAGUGCUGUGGUUUGCAAACUUUUUUCGGAAGCCGAACGUGCUCUGUUUUGAGUGUUACGCUUCCGAUUUGAGUGCCACACUUCCGUUUUGUGUGUUCUACUGAGGUCUGUCUGUUUUUGCAAUUUAUUGUGCGCUUUUGUUUUGGUUUUGUGACUGUGUGGAACCCAAUUCAGCUAUUGAUUGAUUGAUUGAUUGAUUGUGUGACUGCAGUACAUUGUUUAUUGCUUUCAUUUUUUUGGUCAGUGAUCUCAUUAGAUAGUAAAAUUUAUGUUAAAUUGCUGUUUUAGGGGUUGUUUUUAAAAGUCUGGUACGGAUUAAUCCGUUUUGCAUUACUUUCUAUGGGAAAGCGUGCCUUGGUUUAGGAACGCUUUGGUUUUGGAACGGACUUCCGGAACGGAUUAAGUUUGAGAACCAAGGUACCACUGUACAUAUGUCCUAAAGGUUGUGCAUGAAUCACAGAACUGUAGAGUUAGAAGGGACCGUAUUCCAACCCCCUGCAGUGAUUGACACUGCAGUUUCUCCUUGUGGCCUUGGCUUAUGACACAAACACCAAAUGAUUGGUCACACAACUGUUGUCUUUGGUUGGGUGAUGACUCUUGAGGUAAGCCUUCCCUGUUUCCAUAUGGAAUUUGACAUUUAUCCAUUAGACUACGGGUAAUUUUAGGAAAGGGAAGCCUCAUGUAAUCAUCAUACUGAAAUCCUACAGCAGUUAAGACACAAAGCACCCUAUCCUUGAAUCAUACAUAGCUGCUGCUCCCCAAAAGAGCACAAAUUCUGGGUCCGGAGAGUUCCUGUAUGCCUCUGUACAGGCUGGUAAAGAGAGAUGUUGUCAACAUCAUGAGACGAAGCAAGUCACAUCUUGCUCACUCGCUCUCCAUUAUGAGGCAAUGGGCCAUGAUGAAAGAACUCUCACAUUUCAAGCUGGUAACAAGGGGCACACAAAGGGCCUCUUGUAAUCUGAGAGCGUACACCCAUGGAUGAUACCUGCAAUAUUAGAUGCUGAAAGAUAGCAUCUCUGAGAUAAUUCCCUAUUUGUAAAGCUCUAAAGUAAAGACAUGCCACUCCCUGGCCUAUGCAGCAUAGUACACACUGGGUGCUGUUGUCAUCCUUGGCUCAGGGAGCCAGGCAAAUAACUGCCUUCCUUCUGUCCUCCUUGGGGAAGCGCAGUCUGAAAUGCAACUGCAGGAUUUCGAAGCAUUAAAAUGGCACAUCUGGUUUCCAGAAUCUGAGCAGCACAGGUUCACCAUUGAAGGACAUGACUGUACUGUUCCUGGGUCUGCCACACAAAUGAGCCUUAAUGUUGAAGUUUCGAUGCACAGAGGUUCAGUUCUGCAUAGGUUGCUUUUCAGUGUCGGCAUUCAGGUUCUCAAGGCCUCCUGAGCACUAACUUGCCUCGAGCCUAAGCCGGAAAGUUUCUUCAUGACCUCAGAACAAUGGCAGGUCGGUAGGAUAGAUUUGAUAUCCAGGACUGCUAUAACAUUAGAGCAUCUGAGCAAUCAAGAGAAGAAAAGGGGGGGGGUCAAAGGUAUCUGAUACAAGACUCCAGGAGCAAUAGGCAUAAAUCUAAUCCGUCUUGUGGACUUUUGCAGUGACCAUACAGUCUAUCCGUAAGUUAGUGUGUCUUAUAAAGGGAUCGCUAACUGUGAUAGUCUUGCUUUAAAUAGUCUUUCUUAAAUGUUUGCCCUUGUAAUCAAUAAUUGGCAAAAGAUAUAAUUGAACCCACUAACCUUUGCCUAGCAGCAAGGCAGAUCAUGAACAGUCGAUGUCUUCCUUAUCUUAGGGGAUGUGAACAGAUGCAAUACUACAGUUGCAGUCAAAGUUUUUUUGCCCUUUCAGGCCAUUGCAAAAUGCUAGAGAAGCAAGACUGGUUGGGAUGAAGGGAAAGGGUAUUGCAAGCUAACUUAGGAAUAUUGAAAAUGGGUCACCAUUUACAAGUGCUCCCCAAGGCCCAGUGAGAUCAUUUGGAGGGAAUUCAUCCAUGAUGCUUCAUGUGUUUGGUGUUAGCCUACGACGUUGUUUUCCUUCAAAAUGCUACUUUUUAUUCCAGCCACUUGGGCCGGUCCAGUUAGGUGCAGAUGGAUGGACUUAACACUCUGUCUCUGCGUACCAAAUUGUUCACUCAGUCAGGAUCCUGCUGGAAUGUCUAUAGUGAUCCGCACUCAUUAGGAGCCCCGCAGGAUCAGACCAAAGGUCCAUCUUUUUCAGCAUCCUGCUUCCCAUAGUGACCAGUUAGAUGCCUUGGCGAAGCCCACAAACAGGGUGUAAAGAUAUGGACGCAUUCUGUUAUUUUCUUCCCUUGGAUGUCUUGGAUUCACUGCCAUGCCGUCGCUUAAGCAUGGAGGUUCCAUACAAGCAACGUAGUCAUCCACCACUUGUAAGAAUGGGGAUUGUAUUCAGGCCUCAGCCUAAAUAGAGCAGAACUUGGAGUAUCACUUCACAAGCUGUGCCGUGUGCCAGCCUUGCAGAAGAUCUUAUUUCUCGCAAAGUUAGAAAACAACAACAACAACCUGGGAUCUUAUUAGGUUGCGUGAGCUCAUUCCCAUAGGAUUUAGAUCAGUGUUGGAUAAAACUUGCUGUAUUCAUCCAUUCCUGGAACGUAGGAGUUUGAAAUUCAGUGUGCGGUUACUCAUUUUGGACUGAUGCUUUUCUUAUCAACACUUUAUAUUCAGAAGGUGUAAGUUAGUUCUUUUGUUUCAACUUCAUAUCAUACAACUGUAGAGUUGGAAGGGACCCUAUCUUUAUGCAUUAGUUAGUAUUUCUAUCAAGGCACUACAAUCUCAACACCUACACCCAUUAUUACAAGAGUUAUUCUAUUCUACAUAUUUAAGUAAUCUAGCCAUUGGUCUCUUGCUUGCCACUAUUAACUCUGUUUUUCCAUUUUUUAAUAAUCGCUGCCAAUAGUUGCAACAAGUCCAGUUACUAUUAUGGAACAGUAGUAGAAUUGUGCAUGUCUUAAUAAUCAUGCCUCUAGUUCUGGGCACAUUUGAUUCCUGCUUUCGACAAGCACAUGGCAAGUGGCACAUGGCAAGCUGAUUUUAAAAUGGAGGGAACUUCAAAAGUGGCUUGUGAUGUGGCCUGAAGGUCUGCUUUUGAGAAGGAGCAACCUUAACCUGUAGCUCUGUAGAUCCUGGACAUGGAACACGACAAUUUCCCUGACAUAUCUGGAAUACUGUAGCUGCAAGCUGUGUCUGUGCAGAAUUUGGCAAGAUAUUCUGGAAAAUCCGUAUGUAUGGCAGUGUCGCUUUUGCCAAUUUGCCAAUCAUCUUCAGAAAAAGCUCGAUUUUGCAAAAAAAAGGUCAACAACUUUGGCCCCAAAGAAGCUCAAAGCUCAACAAUUUUCCUUUCUGGAUUUUCACUUUUUGAAAUAUGGCAACCCUACCUAUGAAUUAACCAGGUUUGCGUUUUGCAAGUGAUUUGAAAAGCAAGCACAUAAUUCGGCAUCGUUUCUUGUUACAGGAGCAGAUUUUUAUUUUUAAUGCAAAACAAUUGCAGUGCCAGUUUCUGUUGAGAAUUAAGCCAGAGUCGCAGGUUUCUUGAACUGCUAUAGGCCAGUCCUGUGAUAAGCGCCACACUUGCAUAACAGAAGCUGAAAUAUUUGUCCACAAGAAACUGCAUUCACAUCCCAGUGAAGUAUCCCUUUUGCCAUUCAUUUGCUCCUGUUUAAUGUGAUUGUCUGUUUGGUUUGCAUGGGAGCUGGGUUUCCUUACCAAUACAUCCCCAUCAGCAAUGCAUGCAGCUUUGAUGUACGGCUAGAUCAAUUUGUAAUAAUUGAGCUAAUAACAAAUGGGCCUCUCCAGUCGAGGACUCUUCUUCCCCAGUUUCUAAAAGUCUCUAACAGUUGUGCAAUAGCACAUUUCACUUGUUGGGCUCACAUCUUGUUUGUUGUGGAGAAGACUUGUACCAAGCACAACUGCCAAACAAGGUCAGCAACAACAGAACAUAUCUGCAUAAAGUAUUGUGUGUGUCUAUGACUAAGGAAUCUGCCAGAUCAUUUCAUAUCUUUGAAAUUGUCGUUGUGGAGAUUAUAGGCCUGAACUUGUAUGUUUGUGCAUCUUUCUGACCUAGAAAGAUAAGCCAUUGUUGUCAUUUGUGAUCCACUGAUAAUGGAUGGGAGAUAACAGUCCCAGCAUUGAAUUUCUGAAAUUUAUUUCCAGAAAAUGGGGGGAGGAUGAAACAUGGGAAUGUUAUCAUCAUUUCACCUUCUUGCAGUCCGCAGUGCUUGCUUCGAUACAUGUAUAUUGGUGCAUAAUAAUCUGUGCAGAAUUAGAUGCAAAUUGGACAGAGCAGAGAGUCAUUAGAUAACUCAGAAUGGCAUUAGCUCACUGUAAACAGUGCUGACGUCCUAAAUUAGGGCUGUACGCUUUAGUCACUGAAAGCUGUCAUUUGUUCUUUAAGCAAAUCAUAUAGUUAACUGAACAGCUAGAUUUGAGCUCUCAAACCUACCCUUUCUGGAAAACCCCAGUGUGUUCUACUUGCCUUAGUACAUCCUAGAAGUCUGCUCAACGAUACUGAUAUAUAAUUAACAACCAGUGCAUCUGUGACUCUUACCAGGACCAGCAAGUGUUAUGUUUGAUGGUUGUUUACUCCCCGAUAUCAACUUAGAAAUUGCUUUUUAAAAUGGCUUUUUAAAAAAGGCCGUCUCUGCCCUCAGGCUUAGCCUUUAAAAAAUGACACAAAAGGAAGAUGGAUCGAGAGGGUGGAGGAAAUAGGCAUAUUUGAGUACUGUACUUGUUCUCAGUUCCAGAAACUUUUUUGAACUGUAAUUGGGCACAGUCUGAUUGAUUGAACAGCCACAACAGCCCUUUCAGUUGCCUCAAGCUGCUUGACAUCUGUUGGAUCCACCUUGCUGAAGCUUAGCAGAUUAAUCAGCCGCUCGAUGGGGAUUACCAGUGGAGCAGCUCUUUGUGUCACCUUUCCACCUUUGUGUAGCAAGCAAAACAACUUCAGCACCUCUUCAAUAAUAAUUAUGAAACUGGUAUUAACUGAAUGGCAAUUAUGGAUUUUUAACUCUAGUUCACAGUAAGCAAAACGCAAGCCCAGCAAGCCAUAUGUUGAAUUUCCUUACCAAAUAGCUUUUUGUUCCUCUGAAUGUUUCAACGCCUACACACGAAAUUGAUGACGGAACCUGUUCGUAACGAGGGAAAUUACAAAUAUUGCUUGCACAAGGAACGUGACGCCAUCAGAAAGAGAAGACACCGUAACUUAUCGUUAGAGAUGAUAGUGUUAUUUAUAUAGGUAGAAUAAAAUAAAUAAAUAUAUAAAUAAAUAUAUAUAUAUUAUAUAUAUUUUUAUGGUAAUGAAAAUGGCUCCCCAGAAUGCUGACUCGGAAUCUAUGCAAGUUCAAGAGCUACCCGUGGUUCAGAUUCAGAAACCGGAAAACGAGAAUGCGAGUAAGGAGGAGACCAUAAGCGAAGGAUCCAUAGAUCGGAUACCUGUCCGUCUCUGGGUGAUGCACGGGGCCGUGAUGUUUGGCAGAGAGUUCUGUUACGCCAUGGAGACAGCUUUGGUGACGCCAGUAUUGUUACAAAUUGGUCUUCCUGAACAGUACUACAGCCUCACUUGGUUCCUCAGCCCAAUCCUGGGCUUGAUCUUCACUCCUCUAAUAGGUUCAGCUAGUGACCGCUGUACUCUCAGCUGGGGCCGCCGGCGGCCUUUUAUCCUUGCCCUCUGCAUUGGUGUUCUCUUUGGAGUUGCGCUUUUCCUGAACGGCUCCAUUAUAGGCCUGGCCAUCGGAGAUGUCCCAGACAAGCAGCCCAUCGGCAUCGUUCUCACUGUCCUGGGUGUGGUGGUCUUGGAUUUCUGUGCUGAUGCGACGGAGGGGCCGAUCCGGGCCUAUCUGCUGGACGUGGUGGACAGCGAGGAACAGGACAUGGCGCUCAACAUCCAUGCUUUCUCAGCUGGGCUUGGAGGGGCCAUUGGCUACAUGCUGGGAGGCCUCGACUGGAUGCAGACGUUCUUCGGGGUCCUCUUCGUCUCCCAGGAGCAAGUCCUCUUCUUCUUUGCCGCCAUCAUCUUCUCCGUCUCUGUCGUCCUCCACCUUUGCAGCAUCGAGGAGGAGCAAUACAACCCCCAGCAGGACAGGAUCGACGACGAGGCCGACACCCUUUCGAGCGCCAAGCUGAGCGGCAGCCUCCCUCCCCUGAGCCGCCUGAACAUCAUCAGCGAGGAAGACCAUUACAGGAGCUCCAUGUACCAUGACGAGGUGCAGUCUGAGCAGGACCUCAACAUGGACUUCCUCGACGUGGACAUUGUCCGCAGCAAGAGCGACUCUGUCCUGCACAUGCCCGACGCCACCUUGGAGAUGGAAUCCGAGCUGCUUUUCCUCCACGAGAUCGAGCCUUCCAUCUUCCAAGACUCUUCCUACCCCAACACCCCGCACAGCGCCAGCCAGGAGUACAUGAAGGCCAAAUUCAACCGCCUGUCUGCUUUCCUCAGGGAGAACGAGAAGGAGGAGGACAUGUUACUUGAUAAUCACUUGAACGAAGCCAAAGCCCCCCACAGCAACGGCUCCCUACCAAAAGACCUCCUGAACGGGCACGCGAGGAUCGGCAUGAAGCAGUCGAGCACCUCCAACUCCAUGCGCAGGCGCAAGCACAUGUUCUACCGGCAGCCUUCCCACACCUUCUCCUACUACGGCAAGAUCGGCACCCACCGCUACCGCUUCCGGCGGGCCAACGCCAUCGUGCUGAUCAAGUCCUCGCGGAGCAUGAACGAUAUCUACGACAUGCAGAAGAGGCAGCGGCAGAGGUGCCGGCACAGGAACCAGAGCGGGACCACCAACUCCAGCGGCGACACUGAGAGUGAGGAAGGCGAGACCGAAACCACCGUCCGGCUCCUGUGGCUGUCCAUGCUGAAGAUGCCCAAGGAGCUCCUGCGGCUCUGCGUCUGCCACCUCUUGACCUGGUUCUCCAUCAUCGCCGAAGCCGUCUUCUACACCGACUUCAUGGGGCAGGUCAUUUUCAAUGGCGACCCCAAGGCCCCUUCGAAUUCCACCGAGCUGCAUGCCUACAAUGCCGGCGUUCAGAUGGGCUGUUGGGGAUUGGUCAUCUAUGCUGCUACUGCAGCUGUGUGUUCAGCCUUGCUACAGAAAUACUUGGACAACUACGACCUCAGCAUCCGAGUGAUCUACAUCCUGGGCACGCUGGGCUUCUCCAUUGGCACGGCAGUGAUGGCCAUGUUCCCCAAUGUGUACGUGGCCAUGAUCAUGAUCAGCUCGAUGGGCAUCGUUUCCAUGAGUAUAUCCUACUGCCCCUACGCCCUUCUAGGGCAGUACCACGACAUCAAGCAGUAUAUCCACCAUAGCCCUGGGAACUCAAAGCGAGGUUUUGGCAUAGAUUGCGCCAUCUUGUCCUGCCAAGUCUACAUCUCCCAGAUCCUAGUAGCCUCUGCGCUGGGAGGAGUGGUGGAUGCUGUGGGCACCGUGCGGGUCAUACCCAUGGUGGCAUCGGUGGGGUCUUUCUUGGGCUUCCUGACGGCCACGUUCCUGGUGAUUUACCCCGAUGUCGGCGAAAGCCCGAAGGAAGAGCAGAAAGGGCUGGCACCUCCCGUGGCUACCGAGAGUGGCGGCGACGCGGAUGGGGAGAAGCCAACCGUGAUAAAGCUCUCUCGGAAAGAAGCCUCCACGACGGAAGUGGAAAACGAGUCGGUCGUUUGAGCGAACCACCGCCAUUUGCACACAUUCCAAGCCGUUUCAGGUGCACGAAUCGGGACGUUCUCGCAAAGCAGAAUCUGAACUUUUCAAAGGACAUCCUUGCUGCAGCAUCGAAUUGAAAUGGUUCUUUCAUGCAAAAAUGUAGAUGAAAUUCCAUAGUCUUAGGGUAGCCUUGAAUAGGUAGCUUUGAUGCUGAUUGCUUUCCCUACAAUCCAGAAAAAUCUCCUUUCUUAGAGGUAUUUUUAAUGGCAAGAAAAUGUGUUUCCAAGGUGACUUUUAUCGAUGGGCAGGAAAACGUUCUUGCAUGGUUUGCUUUGGUUUUUUUAGACCUCAUGGCGGUUUUUCAAAAUUCUCAAAUUACUCAUUUGGACAGUAUAUUUCCCUUCCACCAACACCACCAUUUUUUAAAACUCUAAUUAAAAACGAAAGCAAUUCUGGCCGCGGCUUCUGCAGAGAAGUUUUCUGAUUUUUGUUCUGACUCCUUCAGACCUUGCAAGUUUAGCAGGAUGGGGUAUUUUAAAACUGAUGCAAUUAUUAUUAGGCUGACAGCCGCAGUUCUCUGCUUUAUGUUCCUCACCCUCUUGAACCAUAGUCUGGAUUUCAUUAUUUUUCCGUGCAAUUACUACUAAGUAUUUUUCCUCCCAGACUUCCCUUGGACGUAUUGCAUCAGUUUCUCGCAAGAAUUGCUGUCGCUUUAUUUUUUAUUAUUGUUUUGUUUUUAAUUCAAGCUGUUUGGAGCACCUGUCCCUGCCGGCUGUUGCUUGCCAAGGAUUCCUCGAGUGCGAUCUCUUCGCCGUAGAGAUAGUGAUGUUCCGGUGGUCGGGAGGGACUUUUGGCAGGCCUUGGGACGGGGGGGAGGCGGCAUGUGUAGCUCUAAGGAGCACCAGUGGAACAUUCUGUGACCUGUUUUGAUCGGCGAGCCGGUCAGAAUUUGACUUAUUUUUCUUCUCAUCUUUUGGUGGCGUUUGAAAGCCAAUCAUCUCCUUUGCGACGAAGCUGCUAAAUGGGAACGCAGAUUCCCCGCUGUCAGUUUCUGCAGGCGGGCUGCGAGGUUCCCCUUUGUUUAGAAAGGGGUCGUCGAUUGCACUUUUUUCUGAACUUCUGGGCUGGAAAUUGCGAUAGCGGAGGGUUUUGAAAGGUAGUCUCGCUCCCGCAAGCGUAAACCAAAGGCCUACCUCUUGAUAACUGCAGCCUGGAGAGAAAGAGAGAGAGUGUGUGUUUGUUGCGUGUGUUGUUAUUGUUGUUGUUGUUUUUUUAAAAAAGAAAAUGUAUCUUGAAACAGCUUUGGGCCUUAAAGAAAAGAAAAUUCACCAUUUUAAAAAAAUGCUGUAACUUUAUUCCUAGGUAUCCCGGAGUCUUACUAAGCUGUUUUCCCAUGUCCUUUCAACCCAGACUCCCUCCCCUCCCAAUCCCCAAAUUCUGAGUUCAGGACAAUAGCAGUAACACACAUAGCAGGUCGUCAGGUAGGCCAGACCCUGAUACCAAGCCAGGUGUCAAUGCUGGGGAUCGGCAGCCUGUUAGAGGAUGUCCUUAGGAACAGCCAGCCUAGAAGGUCCUUCUCAUUGGAAGUUGCCGGAAGGGGGGGGCUUCUCCUUGCACGUUCCCCUUGCGCCUGCAGGCAUUGGGAGCCAAAAGAGGCCGCAGCUGGUUUGCAGGCGGAAACCACAUUGAACCCAGGCUGCUCUUGCGAGAGAUUUCUGCUGCCUCAAACUCGCCUAUUUAAAAUGCAUGCCUUGAACCAUGCUGCAAGUAUAGCAAUUCAAAAGUAAAAAAUCCUAUCUAUCUAUAUAUUUCAGAAUGAAAAGCAGUUUUUAAUAAAUUACUUGAAUUGUCAAUGUUUGUAUGUCUGACCUAGCUGAAAUGGAAAUCGCCUGGCUGGCAUCUCUGGGUAGUUUGAUGGCAUCUCCUGUUUGUUUCUUAGCUCUCCAUCAAUUUACAUAUUUUUAGCUCCGUCGGUUGUGGUGGGGGGGGGCGGGGGACAGGGUUUGCAUAGGCUUUUUAGAGGCCAGGAGGAUUUCAUGAAUGCUCAUUUUAUAUACAGGGUUUCACAACCCCACCCCUCCAAAAAAAAAAAAGAUGACUAUUUGGUGCGUUUUGUUUGAAACUUCUUUUCAGAGCACAGUACAAGACUACUGAAGCAAUCCAGCUAUAGGGGCGGGGGGGGGGGGGAGAGAGAGAAAGGAAAAACUUUUCAGGAGCUUGUAGCCAAGAGAGCCCUCACCUCCACCUAAACACAAAGUCUCCUUUCACUACACAUGUGACUUGGGGGGGGGGGACUGCUUCAUGACAUUAAUUUGAAAUAGCUGUUCUCUGCGUAAAUUACACCUUGUUCUAAGAGGACUCCAUCUCUUUUCCUUGAAAGCUCUUUUUUUUUUCUUGACUCCGCCUGGCUCUGCCUGAACUAUUGAGGAUGAGGAAGGCAAGUGUUUAUUUUACUUUUAUUUUCCAAAAAGGAAAUCGCUUUCUUUUCAGAGGACUCAAAAGCUUAUUUUUAGACGAGCACAUCAAAAUUUGGAGGCUUCCUGGAAGUUCCUUGGUUCCUACGAACACUUGCUUUCUGACCGGCUCUGCAGUUGCGGGGGUCACAAUUUCCGUGUCGCUGUUGGCUCUGCCAGAAUCUGAAACACAAUCGUGCAUUAUGGUGCUAGGAGAAAAUUGGCAGGUCUUGGUAAACUUUCCGAUCUUUUGGACCCUUGUAAAGAGAACGUGGGCAAACGAGAGAUUUAGCCUUGUAGCAGGGCUUAAACCCUCCUUGUUACUUUUAACAUUUAUGUCAUAGAAUUCUGGAUAGCAUUUCCCUUCCUGCGCUCUAGAAUUUACUCUUUAGGGCUUCUGAACUGCAACCUCCAAGCCAAGACAUGCUGCUGUCUGUGGAGAGAUGCAAAGAACUUGGAGCAUAUGGGCCUAGAUGAGCCCAGAGCAAAGGUGGAGAGAGCAAGCCCCAAAUUCUGCCUGGGAGCCAGUUUCCUCUUUGUAGAUGCAUUUAUUGUCUUGGUCCCAUCUCAUUAAAUCCCAGCAUGGGAUCCUUGUCGUUCCCAUUUGCCUUCUUCAGGUGCUGAAGUUCAAAUUCAGUUGAACAGAACUGAAUCGGGAAAUGUCUUGAUUUUGGGGAGGCAGAGGGGGCUAUCGGUAUGCUUCCUAUGCAGGCUGUGAUUGCUGUUUAGACAUGACACAGGAAGGUAUGAGGCAGAUCUAAGGCCAACACACCCUGGAAUUGUAGGUCUGCUUGGGGGCUCUGAAUCCCCCACAUCCUAACAACCCCACCAUUUCCAAGGUUCUUUAGGAGAAGCGUCAGCCACUGAGUUUUUUUACGUCAUGAGCACACUUCUCAUUCUCUCGUCUGUCUCUUACAGAGCACACUGUUUCUGGUUUUAAAUAAUGGGACAUUUCCUUUUCCUCACUGGUUUUGAGACGUUGCACCUUCAACCAAAUCUUUGUGGAGCAGAGUCUGGCUCACAGGCACAUUUAACACGCUGAAAAUCUUCUGUAUUUGCCAUCAGAUAUCUGGUCUCGUGGGCAGCGUUUAUUGGACUUUGUAGGGCUUGAUAGGGUUAUAUGUAAUCUUUUUUAAAAAAAGAAAGAAAGAAAGAAAUCACACAAAUUGAUUUGCUGUGACAAUAUCCAACUGGACUUCAAGCUUGUAUAUUUAAGAUAACUUGUGGAGAGAAAAGCAAUAACCUCUUCCUCCUUAUUUGCACAUGGGGAUUUGCACCCAAAUACUCUGAUCUUUCCCCUGCCUAUUCCGUCACCCAGGCUUUCUUCAGGAUUCCCAACCACACCAUGUGGGCGACCGAUCCUCCUCUUUCUAUCUUAGGAGACGAGGCUGUCGGGAGAGUGGAAGACCAGAACCCAUGUGAUUCUUCCUGGCCCCGUCCAGCGCUUUUUACUUUAGACCAUUCCAUGAAAGUGGAGGAUAAGAAAGCUCUGUUUAAAGCAGGCAUAGGCAACCUUGGCUCUCCAGAUGUUUUGGAACUACAACUCCCAUGAUCCCUAGCUAACAGGGCCAGUGGUCAGGGAUCAUGGGAGUUGUAGUUCCAAAACAUCUGGAGAGCCAAGGUUGCCUAUGUCUGGUUUAAGGGAUCAGCAAAGGAGGCUGCCCCAUCACCAUCUUGCCUCUGCUGGGAAUGUGUUUUCUUCUCUUCCUCCUUGUCGGUUCCUAUGGAUGAAACCUCCAGCGAAGGGUCCCUAGGCUGGAUUUCCCAGAAGACUUUACCUGCAUGGAGUCAUAACAGCUUGACACAUCCCUCCACCCCAAAACACAGCACGAUAACUAAAACCCAGCAGAGCAUUUCUUCUCCGCAGCUCAAUUUUGGGAGCUCACCUGGGCGUCUGGCAUUCUUCUGGUUCCACCUUUUCACUGUUUAGCCGCUGGAAAGCUUUUUCUUUAUUUUGAAAAUGAAAAGGGGUUGGGCCUGGUUAAGGAUGAAUUGAAAUGGAACGGGCUGAGCCUCGUUCUGCUGCUGUUGUCACUGUACAUUGAAACAUGGUGUUCUCUACCGUUUCCUUCUGUCUGCUAGCAGGACACAAUCAGCUCUGACUUGGAUCCAUUAGUUGCUUCUUACACAACCCGAAAUCUUGCAUGACUCCCCACGUAAGCACAUGUAGCAACUUUUGAGUACCUGAAGUGUCUUUUUUUUGGGGGGGGGAGUGAUUUGGUUUUUAUUCAUUUGCAUCUACCCCUUGUUUUUUUUCCUGUUAAUAGGCCAAAUAAAUGUAACAAGACACAAAAAAAUAUUGCACAGAAAUGGGGGAAAGUGACUUGGGAAGAAAGAAAGAAAAGGGAUACCAAAUUUCACCUGUGUGUGUCUUCUCCUAACUAUGGAUUCUUAAACGUGCAGGUUUUGUCAUUUAAACAGCCAAUCUACAAGGUUUUUAAGACUGCAUUGGGGGGGGGAGGGGAUCGCAUUCGCAAAAUGAACAAAAAGAAGCAGAUAUUAUCUACCCACAGUUCUGUGGUUCAUGUUGCUCCCAUCAUAAAAGUUUUACUGAGGAUGUAUCUUCUGCUGAAACACUUGUUUAUGCCCCUAUUUUAUUUUAUUUUAUUUUAUUUAGGAAGGGUCUCAGAGACACCCACAUGAAUUCCAGGAGCAUAGAGUUCUUACAUGUACAACUUCAUUGUGGUAGUUAAAUUCAGAGCAGGGAUGGUUUGGUUUUAAUUCAAGAGUCAGGUGACACUUUGACCUUAGGUGGGAUGAAUUCUUCCUUUCUGCAAUUUGCGGGUAGGCUAGCCCUAAGGUGCUGGUUUUGUUUUUUUCAAGUUGCCAGAAUAAUUCCUGGGUGCGGAAAACACGCUGUGCAAAUUUACCGCGCGUGUUCAAGGUGGUCUUUGCUAGAAGCUGUGAAGAGGCUUCUGCACAGUUUGUAGAUCAGACCACCUUUGAGCAAGCGGCGUUAAUAUCAUCCGUUUCCAGAUCUGCUCUAGGAGAGCGAAGACUAAAUCCACUGCCCGAGGGCUCCGGUAUCUUUUGGGGGAAAACCAAACAGUUGCCUAAGAGGGAGAAUUCCACCCACUGCAACUUCUCUCACUAUACACAGCUGUGGAACAAGCAAAAGCUGCUGGGAUUCCUUCUAAACAUAACUACAUCUCUCUUAAGAUUCAGUAAAUUUCUCUCCCCGUGCACCUAAAAGUUCUGAUGCAAUAACUUGAGGAAUCACCCUAGAGGUUACAAAAUGAUACCUGACAGGUCUUGCAGGGACCGUUGUCCGAUGUGUAGGAGAAGAGGACAUACCAUGUUGCUUUCUGAUAAACGGAAGGGGCGUUGUAGAGGUUAUGCAUUUUCCAGAUAGUUGCCAGUAAAUUAACUUCCAAUGAAAGGCACCUAGGUAAAUAAAACUCUGGGGGAGAGAGAGAGUUACAAUGUAAACUCCUCCUUCAGGUCACAAAAUAGCUUACUUUAUUGAUCAAGUGUCAACUGUCUAAUUUCAUCAAAUUAGAAUCCAGAAAAUCUCAGCUCUGUCUGGCUUGGCCAUCACCCGAUUUAGCACUGACUUUUAGUUCUGCUUUGUUUUUUAAAUUUGAUAGAAGCAUAACCACCUCCUGGAUAAUACAAUUUGAUCACCUGAUCUUUCCUUCGCUAUGUACUUUUGUUGUUGUUGAAUUUCUGCUGCAACAUGGACGUGAAACCUCCUUGGUAACCAAAUGGCCAGCUGGAAUAUUAAAAAUUUUUAAAAAAUGUCUCCCCCUAGUGAAAAGCUGCAUCUAGGCAUCUCUUAAUGAAAACAAAAUAUAAGUAAAUAUAUAUAUUUAGUUCCAUUGUGAACUGGCCAUAUGACAACUUGUUUAUCAACUUAUUAAGUUGGGGCAGAAUACUAGCUCUUGCUGAGUUUAGCAAUGUUUAUAAGUGUGUGUUAAACACAUAAAUGUUUCGAGUUUAACGAGGAAAAAGGGAUAAAUAAGAAAUGUGACCGAUGAAUGUGUCUGAGUGGAUUAGAUGGCAGAAUGUUCUGGGAUUUGAUUUUGACACAGAGCUUUCUUUUUCUGGUUUUCAAGGUAAAGACUUGUUGCAUGAGAAACAGUUUAACUGUUCUGCACUUUUGGUCUCUUUGUAAUUUCCCCCACACCCACCCAUUUAUGGAUAGAAAUGGCUGAAUGUAGAGUUUAAAAGAGAGAAAAAACAACCACUAUUUCACAUUUACAUGUGUUCAAUCCAUUGUUCUACAGUUCAAUCUUAAUAAACAUUUCAAUAUGAGCCAGUG